UUGGAAAUUGAAUUUGUACUGAUCAUCCAUGAACAAUGACAACCAACUCUUCCAAAAACUAUUGAAAGGAGCAGAUUUAAAAAGAACCUUACAAGAACAAGAAGAUUUCAUACAUAGUUGUGGAGAACUUUUCAAUCCAUACUAUGAUUGCAACCCUUAUUCUGGGGAUAAAGGAGCACCACAGUUACGCUUGCUCACAGAAAAGGGAAGAGGCUUUGCAAUUGCCGCUAAAAACAAACUAGAAAUUAUUCUAAAGUUCACUCGACAGUUUGACACCCUAUGUAGAAAGGACUGGAAACAAGAGUUCAGUUUGACAAAUGAAGAAUACGAAGAAAUAACUUGUACCUUUUUUUCUUCAUGGAAGCGCUGUCUGGAUAUUUUAUUUGCAAACGAAUCACUAUUGAAAAUGAAAAAUGAAAGUGAUUUGGAAAAAGCACUAAGAAUGUCUUUGGAGGAACAACAAUAUUUGCUUUUGUUCAAUGAAUGUAGUUUGGAAGUCAUUCCUCUUCUUCAUAUCAUCAUUGAUAUAUGGAGAGACAUCUGCAGUAUGGAUGAGAGUAACAGAAUCAUUACCCAUGUUGCAAAUAUUCUAAAGGCACUUCGACAAGAAGUAUUUCUUGUUCUUCAACAGAUUUUCAGGUUGUAUGAAGAAGAGAAUAUCAAGAGUCCCAAUCCAGUAAUAGAGUCAUCCAUAGAACUUUAUUGGCAAUUUCUUGAAUGCCAACUAUCUAUUUGGGAGAAUGGAGAUAAUGCCAACGUAAAAGAAGAUAAACUUUGGUCUGUUCACUGGCUUCAUCUGAUAAAUAAUAUCAUAUUCAAUGCGCAUAAAAAUUCAUCCAUACGAGAAUUAGUGCAGCAAGUGUUGAGGAAGAUCAAAAAGAAAACAAGUUUUCGCAAACUUCAUAGUCAUUGUCUGUUAAACUGCAAGCUUAUGAUGGAUAUGUGUAGAUGGUUUCCUCAACAAGAUUUAAAAAGAACAGUGAAAGAAUGGUUAGAUGUUUCAAAGACAUUAAUAGAACUGUUUCAUACGUUUGAAGCAUUUUCGAUAUUUGGAGAAAUUGAGCAGAAAAGAUAUUCUUAUAUGCUUUCAUUGCAACAAAAAGAUUUUCAAAAGUUCCUUAGUUGCUUUGAAAACGAUAUGACGACUGUAGAAAAUGAUUAUUGGAUCUAUGACUUUAUGCUUCAUCGAUGGACAUUUUCUUAUGUGAGCUUCCAUUUCCAAAAUGCCGUUUUCCUACAAAAGGUCUUGCAAAGCUUUGGAAACAUACUCAAACGUUCUUAUUACAAAGUGACGGUAAAUGAGGUAGUGAAAACAGAAUUGUACGAUAUAUUCGAUGUCAUCAAGUCUACAGUCAUGAUCUGUUUACAUGAAGCUAUUCCGGAUGAAGCGAAACUCUACGAUGUAUUAUUUCCAGCCCUGGAAGGAAUCCAUUUGUUUAUAUCUGCAUCUUCUCCAUCAUCUAGUGAUUUGAUCAAGAAUGUGGCGAAAUUAUUUCAUAACAUUGCAGCAUUGCUUGUGCAGAAGAGAAGUAGUUUACUUAUCGCAUCUAUUUGUAUGAGGCGUUCUAUAGAGUUGCGAGAGAUGAUCAAAGGCGAAAAGGAGAAUCAGAUGAGUCGUUUUGGAUUAUUGUGUAAAAUAAUGUUACGUCUUUCCGAACCCUGUGCUUGUGCAUCCAUCAUAUUGGAAAUGAUCUAUUAUGCUGAUCCCUCCAAUUCUCCUUCCAAAAUGCAAAUACCUAGCGAUAUCUUAAAGGCAUUGAGUUGUUUUGUUUAUUGGUGUGAAAACAAUGAAAGUUCUUUGCAGGAGUAUUUUGGAAUUUCGGCUCUUGAACAGUUAGCUAUCCAAGGUGGUCCCAGUGCUGUGGAAUUUGCCUUUCUUGCAUUUCGUCUUCUUCAAUGGAAAGUGAACGAUCACUUUACCCAACUGUAUCAUACUUGGUCUUGUGAAAGAAACUGUGUUAUAGUUCUUCAACGUCAUUGCAAUGAUCCUGUCACACAAUAUUGGCUUCAACUGGAAAUCUUACGAUUCAAAUUUUAUGAAGACUUGACGUUGAUAGACGACCCUAUUUUACCAUCAAAAUAUGAUGACAGAGAUGAAAGCACAUCUGCUCAAGUUGAAUGCUUGCAAUGGAUUCAUUUGAGUUGGAAGCUGCUUGUGGACUUGAUGAUGAAUAACUCCAAUUAUUCUUUCCAGAACUCGGGUAUAUUAGAAUUAUGGAAUAACAUUUUACAAUAUUCUCCUCAAAUAAUUCGCCCAAUCAUUCUGAUUCAUUUGUUUGAGAUACUUGAAUGGUUUUGUGAAAUCUUUUUAGUGACCCAAAAUUCUCAGCUUUUAUGGACUGUAGCUCAAAUGCUAUGUCAUUUUAUCACUGUCUUCAGAGAAAAUUGUCCGAUUGACACGGUCCGUAUAAGAGAGUAUCUAACAUUUGUUUCAGCUGUUGCACUAAAGAACUAUCGACUCUAUGAAAAUGCCCAAGCGCUAUUGAGUUAUAGCUGUUUAGACAACUCUGUUGGAGAAUCUGUGGAGCUGCUUCUUUUACGAUUUGCAUUGGAUAUCUGUUCGUAUGAAAAGUCGAAUGAGUUUAAAAUACCCAAUUUAACAAUACAAAAGGAUUUGUAUCCUUCCAAAUCCUCUCAUGCUUUGUACAAAUUCUAUCAUUCGCAGUAUCUUUGGAAGAAAGGUAACUUGAAAGGAUCCUAUGAUAAAGCGUUAGAAGCUGUAAAGUUAUAUUUGGCUUUGUUGCAACAAUCAAGUUUACAGUCUCCAGCGAAUUGUACUACGAUAGAAGAGAAUGAAGAAUUGAAAACUUUGAAUGUAGCAGGUACACAUAUAAAAAUGAAGCCAUCUUCUACCGAUGUCGGCUUUAUGAAUGAUCUUAGACAAGCAGCUGAAUGUCUCGGCUGGUUGGGAGAAAUAUGUGACAAGCUUGGCUGUAUAUCAGAAGCAGAGUAUUAUUGGCAGUGCUGUUUGGAUGUCUUUCAAAGGAUUCAAUGCGUUCCUCGUUUCUUUGAAACCACAUACUAUUUAAUGAUAUUAUAUAGAAAGUCAUUACAGAUAGACAAGUUCAAAAGAAGCAUAGAAUCAUUUCAGUUCUUGAUACAAGAAAUUCAACAGAAUCUUCAAGAUUCCGUAUUACAAGCCUUAUCAUGUUUCUAUCUCAAAAGGCUAAGUCUUAUGAACGAAAUGGUCCAUCUUCAUCUGUCAUCUUCAACAGCUUGUUGUCUCGAGCAAUUAGAAGAAUGCAAUGAAAUUCGCAAAGACCAUACUUUUUGGAAUUUGACCGAUUCUGGCAAUAACUAUAUUGCUUCCAGUAAUAGCUACAAAUUGUGCUCGAUCAUUACAAGGCGUUUUGUGGAUCCUCAUGAUCAAGCCAUUUGUUUCUACAAACAUGCUAAAAAGGAUAUUUUUGCAAUAUCACAAAGCAAUGGUAGAGUUUUUGAUUGGAAGUGUACUCUUUCUUCUUCUCGACAACUAGAUCAUGAUCUUAUGCAACGAAUAUCUGCAUUACAAAUUGUUGUUUAUGACCCAAUGCCGUGGUUACAGAAGCGUCUAUUUUUGUUGAUGGCAAAUAUGAAACAUCUGGGAACUUCACAAUAUGAUGAUUGUCUCUACUUUGUUCAAAAAGCUUGUGGAUUGGAAUAUUGGUAUCAUUACCAAGUCUAUCAAAGUAACCAAGAAGCACAAGACUACGAACUUUCUGAAUUGAGCAAAGCCAUGCAAUUGAAGUGGCAAGUAUCUGUCAAUGAGGCCAAUCUAUCUUUGGACAACAUCCAACACUUGUUGUCUUCUUGUUCAUCUUGUCCUCUUUUGGAAUCCUUUCCUAAGGAAUGGACUAUAGUUGGAUUGACUCCGGAUAUAAAUGGUAACGAAAUGUAUUUAUGGCUUAGACCAGGUAAUCAUCAAAUGAGAGAAACCCCAGUUUUAGUAAAAUAUCCAUUGAAGUCGUUGGAAGAUGGCAAAAAUACUUUGGAGUGUAUAAAAAAUUGUUUAGAAAGGUUGAUUCAAGCGAGUCAUGAUCAAGCAAGUGGAAAAAUAUCGGAAAAUCUAACCAUGGAAGAAAAGUCUUUGUGGUGGAAAGAAAGGAAAGAAUUGGAUGACAAGUUCAGUGAGUAUAUGCAAGAGUUGGAAGAUACUUUGUUUGGUGCAUGGAAGAUUUUCUUGUUAUCUAUGCAUAACUCUAAGGAGAAGCAUACAAAUGUUGCAUUUGAUCAGUUACAAGAAAAAAUUGGAAACGAAUGGAUUCUGGAUAGACAACUGUUUCAUAUCAUAUUUAGUAGAAGAAUAUUUUUAGAUAGAAAGGAGGAUUGGCUAUAUUUGUUGAAGUAUGCCAUAGAUUAUCGUCAUCAUUCCUCAUCUCAGCAACCUAAGCUACUUAAACAACUGGAAGAAUAUGUCGACAAGUGGUGGAUGGCUAAGGAAUUGGGCAAAACUCGUUCAAAGUCUUUAGGUACAAAACACUAUAAGCAGUUGAAUUCCGACUCUACGAUACUUUUGGUUCUGGAUGAUACCCUUCUUCCACUACCUAUAGAGUCUAUUCCAUUUCUAAAAAAGUGGAAACAAGGCGUCACCAGAAUAAGUAACUUGGAACUUGCAGAUUGUCUAUUUUCCCAACAGAAAAAGUCAUCACAAUACAAUCAGAGAGAGCUUUGUUACGAUGUAUCUUCCCGAGACGCAUUUUUCAUACUUAAUCCAACAGGUGACUUGAACAGAACGCAACAAAGUUUUGAGAAACUUUUUCAACAAACUUAUAAAUGGGAAGGCGCAAUAGGUCCUUUACAGAAUUCUUCAAAAGAUCAAGCAAAGGAGUUGGUUGAAAAGCUUUCUCGUCAUCAACUCUUUGUUUAUUGUGGACAUGGAACUGGAGAAAAGUUCAUCCCUGCCAAACAGAUAAGGAAACUUGAACGAGCUCCAAUAGCACUUUUGAUGGGUUGUAGUUCUGGAAAGCCCUCUAGUCAAGGUAUCUAUUCGCCAAUUGUCCCUUGUUUCUCUUUUCUAUAUGCACAUGCUCAAGCAGUCGUGGUCAACUUGUGGGAUGUUACUGAUAGAGAUAUUGAUCGCUUCACUCAUUAUUUAUUAGAAGAAUGGUUUACAACAUCGUCGAACAACAAUUCUGCCAUUGAUUUGGCAUUGGCUAUUUUACGAGCUCGUGAUCAGUGUUAUUUUACCUAUUUGACUGGUUGUGCUCCAGUGGUUUAUGGUUUACCUUGGAUAAGAACGACACAAUAACUGAGCACCAAAAGUUUCAAUUACCUUAAGAUGAUAUUACCUAAGAACUCUGUUGAUCAUCCUUUUCUUGUAUGGAGUCUCUUUCGUACUACUGAGCGCUUCAUACUUGGUUGUUUAUUUCUAUACAAGGUAGUGACAAAGUUCUUUCUUUUAUUGCACAGAGACAAUAUAAUAGUAAUUGGAUUAGCGUCAUGUUUCUCCACUCUUACCUCGUGCUUGUCGCUUUAUUCCCAACUGUAGUGAAUAUGCUGUUCAAUCUAUUCAACAGUUUGGAGUUGAAAGAGGCCUUAUAUUAACUAUUUGGAGAUUGAUUCGUUGUCAGCCUUUUGGAGGGUAUGGUUAUGACCCUCCUCAGUGGCCACCUCCUUCUUGGUUCAG